GGGGGGCCGGGUGCGAGGGGGGAGGGGGUUGGGGACGUGAGGGAGGGGGGGCUUGUGGAUGCGAGGGAGGAGGCGUUAGUGAACGCUCAGGAUGAUACGACUGCGAAUGAUCAGGAGGAGAACGAGGUGCACAGGACGCCUGUUGCGACUAAACGCGGACGAGGCACUGCAAGGGGACGUGCGCGGGGCACGGCUGCUGCUACGCGCGGCGGGAGAGGGCGCGGGGCGGCGCCUGUUGCUGCGCGCGCGCCUGCACGCGGGGGUGCGCCUGUCACCGCGGCGCGCGGUGCUGCUACGGGCGCGAGGGGCGCUACGGCUACGGCUACAAGGGCUCGUCGCGGUGGAGGGAUACCGCGUGCUGCGCCGUCUACGGUCAGGCUUACGCGGAGCUCGUCUACGCGGACGAUCGAUACUCAAGAAUCUGCCGGUUCUCAACCUACUGCGAAGGAUAAAGAUAAAGGGAAGGAGAAGGCGCCCGAGAAGGAGGUCGAGCAGAAAGAUGAGGACGAGGUGGAGAUCGUCAAAGACGUACCAGAUGCUAUGGACGUCGACGACGAACCGGGCUCGACGUCCGUGAUCGUCAAGCCGAAGACGCCGUUGAAGAUGAGCGUCGAGUUGCCCGCUGAGGGGUCCAAGACGCCCGGGCGCGCGAAGACGCCGGUGUUUGCGCGGCCGAAGACGCCGGGGGUUAAUGCGAGGUCUACGGGCUCAGACGCUUCUUCCAAUGCGGCCCUGCCGAAACGAACGGGAGGGUUCGCGGCGCCCACUGCGUCGUCGCUGUCCAAGACGCAAGCUUCGCCGACGAAGAAACCCGCGUCGUCCAUCGCGGGCCCGUCGUCCUCGCGCGCAUCAUCGCCGACCAAACCCGCCUCUUCGUCCACCACCACCACCCGCCCCUCCCUAAUAUCCAAAUCGUCGCAUUCGUCACUGUCGAACCUCAACGCGGUCCUCGAGCGCUCGCGGGCGCAGACGAGUAUGGGGUUCAAUAGGGACGUGCAGAGGUCGACGGCGGGUACGGGUGGAGGGAGGAGCAGGGAGAGGGAGGAGCUGCCGGAUAGGCUUGAUGGGAGUCUUGUGGCGAGAGAGUGGGGCGCGAAGGGCAAGGCGGGCGCGGGGAAGGAGAAGGAGAAGAAGUUGCCGCCGGGGCAGACGACGCUGGGUCUGAAGGGUAGUGGUGCGGGGCCGAGCAAGGUCACCGGCGCUGGACCUAGUAAACUCAACGGCGCGGCGGGUCCGUCCAAGGCAAACGGUGCGACGGCGAACGGCUUGAAGCGCACGGCUUCGCUCGGCGCGCUCGGCCGUGGUCAGCCGAGCGGAGGGAUGAAGCAGGCCACGCUGCCCUUCGGCAAGCCGAAAGUGCCGCCCACGGCGGGGUUCCCGGUCAAGAGGAUGUACGCGAGCCAGAAGAGCGGGUUGGCAACUGUUAAGGGGAGUCCGGUCAAAGGCGGCACGAGUGCGAUGCUCGAGGCGGACGAGGAUGAAGAGGAGGACGAAGAGGUGAUGAAUAGGUCGAUGGUCAAGGGCAAGGGCAAGGCUCGGGUACCCGGUAUCGAGCCUAUGGAUCUUACCAGCCUCGGCGAGAGUGCCUUGGUAGACUCGGAGGACGAGGAUCCGGAUGCGCCAGGGUACUCGACGACGAUAGGCCCCGUCACGCCCGCAUCGCGCGUGCACGCCGGAUGGGAGAAGAACGCCUCGCGCCGCGCGUCGCUCGCCUCGCAGGCGCUCCUCGCGCUCCAAGCCCAAGCCCAAGUACAAAGUCCCGGGACGCCGCCGGAGAGCGAGCGCGCGCGGAGUACAAGGAGCGGCGGCGCGUUACAGCCGAAUCCGGGUCCCGCGCCGCAGGGCGUGCCGAAGGUGCUGAAGCACUGCAGCGUGUAUGUGGACGUGCGCGGGCCGGACGGGGACGACCAGGGGACGUGGUUCGUCGAGACGCUGAGGCUGCUCGGCGCGCGGGUGCAGGCGCGCCUGGGCAGCGCGUGCACGCAUAUUGUGUUCCGCGGGGGCGGGGCGGGGACGUUGCAGCGGUACGCGCAGCUGCCGGAUCCGAAGCCGGCGGUCGUGGGGGUGGGGUGGGUCGUGGCGUGCGCGGAGCAGGUGCGGGCGAUGGGGACGGAGGGGUACGCGGUUGAUGUGGCGGCUGCGAGCGCGGAGGCGGUGGUGAGGGAGAAGGCGAGGCCGGCGUUUAGGAGGGGGAGGAAGAGCGCUGUUGUGGGG